CGCAACGGCAUUGAGACUACAAUGGCGGCGCCUACGCAUUUACGGUCGUCUUUUGGGGCGUUGAAGAGGGCGAAGAUUUCACCUCCUCGGACGAUACGACAAUGCGUUAGAUUCAAGAGCGACGGUGCGGAGGACUCUGAGGGUGGGAGUGGUCCUCGCCGAGGUGUCGAAAGCCCUGAAAAUAUGGAGGCGGCUGUGGAUAUUGCGGUCUCGCAAAUCAAGGAGUUUUCGCGAUGGGAGGAGCUGAAGGCAGAUCCGAGGUUUAAGCAACCGGAGACUGAGGCGGCGAUGAAGCGGAAGUGGGAGAAGUGGCGGUCCGCGCCAGAUCAUACCAAUGUGCUGGAGAUGUGGAAAGAGGCUGGUGUAGAGCCAAUUGAGCUUGCAAAAAAACGCGGUCUCAAGCUUCCCGGGGAUGAAAAGCCUCCACUCGACCCCGAAGUCGCCAAACAACUCUCCGCCCUUCGCGAGCCUCGCAACGUCCAAGCCAUCCAUCUGAACCCCCUCCGCCGCUCCGCCGAACACGGCGUCCCCGUCUGUGACCUUCAACUCCGCACCUAUAGCAUCCGCAAUCUCGAGUUCUUCGCCGACUUCGCCAUGCGCGCCGCAUAUUACCUCGGCCUCCCCGCCAAGGGUCCCAUCCCCCUACCACGCAUAACAGAACGGUGGACAGUACCACGAGCCAACUUCGUUUUCAAGAAGAGUCAGGAGAAUUUCGAGCGGAUCACCAUGAGGAGGCUCAUUCAGAUCCAAGACGGACAUCCCGAAGUCGUGCAAGCAUGGCUGGCUUUUUUGGCGAAGCAUCAGUACUACGGUGUUGGUAUGAAGGCGAACGUGUUCCAGUUUGAGGAGCUAGAAGCGCAGCACAGAGGACCAGAGAUAGUAGGAAAGGUUGAUAAAAGCAAGAAAGAUCCAAAGAUGAUGAAAAAGGUGGAGGAGCUACUAAAUCAAGAUCAAUUUAAGCAGGCUUUUGCGCAGGCGAGGGCGGAGAAGGCGCCGGAGGUGAGCGCGUGAGGAGGGUGUGCAUAGUGUGUGUAAACUGUAUGUAUAUGUAUAGGCUGCCGGAGUGCACAUUUGGCGUAUGUAAACUUCUUAGAUGUAUUGGAAAGCCUAUAAUCCAUUCUCGUAGCACGGUGCU